AAACGGAUGCGUGUCAGCGCUCGUAAAAGAAUAAUGGCAUCCACGGCAAGUGCACGACGUUCUCGCGGUUCGUCUGUUACGUUACAAGCGUGAGGUGCGAAAGUGGUUGGUUAUAAUUUUUUUAUUUUUGUUCGCUAAAAGUUUUAUAUAUUCGGAAACGACUGCGCGCAUUGAGAGAUUCGGAAUCGCAGAAUUUCACAGAACGACGACGACAACAAUAGCGAGUUGGUAGGGAAAGCGUGGUGUCCGAACUGGUGGUUGUGUACACGCUCUCAUUGAGUGCUUCGCGAAUCGAGAAGAUUUGAAACAUCGAUCGGGCUGUUGCGUUGUUCCUAAUUAUCGAUCUUUACAAAUUGGCAAUGAACUGAGACCGAUAUCGCACAUCUCUUCAUCGCUUUGUUCGACAACUUUAGGGAGUGGUGAAACUAUUCAUCUUGCGUGUCUCAUGGAACAUCGUGACGUAUACGUGCGCUCCAACCUCUUUUAACUGUUCGUUGUUCGAUGUGUUCAUUUGUUUUAUAAUAUUCUACGAUGUUAUAAUCUCAUUGUGGACAUGAUGAAGCUUGUAUGACCCUUAUUGUCUAUUUAAGCCAGACAAACUAAAGUUAUCCGUAUGCUCAUCAUCUCGUAAUGUCUGCAAGUGUUCAGUUUGCAAACCCACCCCCAGCUAUGAGCUUACCCAAUAUGUCAGUACCACCACCCUCAACUCCAAACUUAUCGGCGCCGCCACCAAAUUUGACUACUAUAAACACAUCGGGAAGCUAUCAGCACCGGUACUCAAAUCACAGAGAAGGGAACCGUGCUUACUACAAGCAGUUCAGGCCAUAUCAUCCACCAAAAGCUCCUGUUGGAGGGCAGGAUACUCUGCAAGAUGAGUUUGAUGGGAAACGCCUUCGCAAGUCUGUCAUGCGAAAGACUGUCGAUUACAAUUCUGCUAUCAUCAAAAGUCUGGAAAAUCGGGUGUGGCAACGAGACUACAGAGACCGGCGUGCGCUUCAGCCAGACGUAAUAUACUAUCCUGAUCUACUUCCUCCACCUAGUUACAUUGAUAAUCCAAUAAAUGCAGUCACCACAAGAUUCGUAAAGACUGCCACGAAUAAAAUGCGCUGUCCAAUUUUUUGUAUGGCAUGGACACCAGAAGGUAGACGUCUUGUGACGGGUGCCUCGAGUGGAGAGUUCACAUUGUGGAAUGGCCUUACCUUCAAUUUUGAAACAAUUCUUCAGGCACACGACAGCCCAGUAAGGACAAUGGUGUGGUCGCACAAUGAGAGCUGGAUGGUAACGGGGGACCACGCGGGCUACGUGAAAUAUUGGCAGAGCAACAUGAACAACGUCAAGAUGUUUCAGGCGCACAAAGAAGCGAUUAGAGGACUCAGUUUCAGCCCAACGGAUCACAAAUUGGCGACCUGCAGCGACGACGGGACCGUCAGGAUUUGGGAUUUUCUACGUUGCCACGAAGAACGCAUUCUUAGAGGUCAUGGUGCGGAUGUCAAGUGCGUGCAUUGGCACCCUCAAAAGAGUCUAGUCAUUUCCGGCAGUAAGGACAAUCAGCAGCCGGUGAAGCUGUGGGAUCCGAAGACCGGGCAGUCCCUGGCAACCUUGCACGCACAUAAGUCGACCGUGAUGGAUGUCAAGUGGAAUGAAAACGGUAACUGGUUGGUGACAGCGUCGCGAGACCACCUCUUGAAACUGUUUGAUAUCAGGAAUCUCAGCCAAGAAGUGCAGACUUUCCGUGGCCAUAAGAAGGAGGCUUCCAGUGUUGCUUGGCAUCCAAGUCAUGAGGGUCUCUUCUGUAGUGGCGGUAGCGAUGGCGCUAUACUCUUUUGGCAUGUAGGGGCUGAUAAGGAGGUAGGUGCCAUCGAGCAGGCGCACGAUAGUAUAGUCUGGACAUUGGCUUGGCAUCCAUUGGGACAUAUCUUGUGCUCGGGUAGCAAUGAUCAUACAUCUAAAUUCUGGACGCGCAACAGACCGGGUGAUCUAAUGAGAGACAAGUACAAUCUCAACACGUUACCAGCAGGCUCGGCCGGCGUUGACGAUCAUGAAAUUGCCGAUGAAGCGGCGGUAAUACCUGGCAUGGGACCAGAAGACAGAAUCAACGCCGAUGGUGAAUCCGAGGACAAGAGCGGAGGAAUUCCGGGAUUGGAUCUGGAUCAUGCAGUAGAUGAGGGUAAGAAAUUCGCCAACAAGAAAGUUCCGUACAGCAAGCCUAUACCACGGAACUUCCAAGCGCAAUGGAACGAGAUGGAAGCCGAAGAUAUCGAGCAAGUCGAAGCUUUGAACGCGUUUGUGAAUCAGUUACUCGAGACUACGCCCGGUGCCGUGCCAUUGAACGAAGUUACACCCGACGCUAUCAUUUUGUACGGAAAAAUGAUUCCUGUAGAACAGGGUUCCAAGUUAGCGGAGGCGAUCAGUAAAGGGAACGAGGCUAUAAAUAAGUUAGUCUUCUCCGGAGAAAUAGAGGAGCUGCGAGACGUGGUAGGUCCACCAGAUAGCGUGGACGAGGCCGAAGAAUAUUUGCAGGAUGACGGUGAGAUCGACUAUUCCAAAGUGCCAGAUGUAGAUCUACCGCCGCCUCUACCUAGCUCAAAGUUCGCGCAGAACCCUGAACUAUUAAAGACCCUGAAUCGAGGCGGUAAGCGCAAGUUCGAUCAACUGAUAGGGUGGAGUGACGGUGGAGCUAGCGAUCGUACGUCGAAGAUUCAUCAACCGGUGUUCGGCGGUAUGAUGACGGAAGAUUCGCAGUCCAGCGACACCGAUCUGAGGUUCGGCAAGCCGAACGCCUUGUCUGCGGACAAUAAUUCCUUCCACGGUCAAGACGAAGAUCAUCACAGAAGAGGAGGACCACCUCAUGGCGGCGGUGAUUCUAUAAGCGGUCGCGAUGAAGACUUAAGGUUCAGCUUAACUGCGGGACUCGGCAGACCUGGUGGUUCACACGGCGAUUACGACUCGCGUAACAGCUUCACCGACAAGGACUUCCGCUUCCCCCCGAAGAAAUCGCUGGACAACAACGAUAUCUACGAUGAUCGGGACCGCGACAGCAUCGGUCGAUGGGACGACGAGAAGAGCAGCGACGGACCACAACGUAAAUCGUCGGACGGCGGCGUGUUCGGCGGUAAUGGUUUCGACAAGCGGGACAAUCUAAGUGCGAUAGGAGGUCCCGGUAUACACCAUAUGGUAGGUGGUGGUAUGCCCCACGGAAUGCCGAAUCACCAUAACAUGCAGAACAUCAACCCUAAUAUGCCAUCGCCGCUACCGAGCCUGGUGCCGCAUCCUGGCUUAUCACAGCACCCUGGCAUGCAGGGCAAACCACCGCUGCACCCUGGUAUGCCUGGCUUGCCGGACGGCCCGAUGCCGCCGCACAUGAUACCACACCAUCCCAGCAUGCAUCCAGGUUUUGGGCCGAACUUCCGACCACCGCCGAACGGAAACUUCGGGCCGAAUCAUUUCCGACCAAGUCCGCUGCCGCCGUUCGGUCCGAAUCAGGGUCCACCGCCACCACCGUUUGGGAAUGGCUUUCAGGGUCCACCCAAUUUUCGUGGUCCAAACGGUGGUCCAUUGAGCUUCGAUAGGCCAGGUUUCGGGCCAAACUUCCGCGGGCAGAACCCGCCAAGUCAACUAAACAACUUUAACUCCAAUUACGGCAAAUAUGCCGGCAAAAAUGGACCUAACCGCGGCAUGAGUCGGGGCAGCGGUGGCGGUGGCGACAACAUGGGUAGAAGUGGCUAUAACAAUCGCGGCAGAGGACGCGAUAACGAACAGUCGAGAAAUGCUAGGGGUAGGGACAAUUACUGAGGAAGAUCCUCUGGAACUGCGAAUUAGCGCUUUGUGUUCUUGUACUUUGAUGUACACGGUGUUGCGCGCGCGCGCGCGCGCGAACGUGGAGUAUUGUUUCCGCCAAGACUCGACAGUGAUGUGAACCUGUGUGAACAAUGAGGAUCACUUGCCGGUUGGGUUAGUGCAUGUAAGAUAAUGUGACGUAUUCGUGAGCCGUGUUCAGCGUAUCAGCAUCCUCAAACAACGGUUACUCGAACUCGGUUACGAGAACGCACUAUAUUCUUGGACGAACUUUAUACACAAUAUAUUUUCGUGAUUCGCUCAGCGUGGGAGCGACCGAAUGAUUUGCGCCGAGUUGAUCGAUCAGUCGCAUCGGUUGUGCCUGAUUUUCUCCUUCUGACAGAAAUAAAUUGGAUUGUUUGAUCACGAGAAAUUAGUUGGAAAAGAUCAAUUGAAAAUUAUUGAUAGUUCGUUCUGCAAGGUUGAAUUCACGUCUGAUACUAUUACACGCAACUGCCGAAAGCUUAGGUUUAUAAAACAGAUUUUUUUAAUCCCGAGUGAGAGAGAGAGAGAGAGAGAGAGAGAGAGAAAUAUAUAUAUGUAUUCGUUGCUUUUUACCAUUUUUUAGGUAAAUUUUUACCGUUGUUAGAAGAAAUGAGAAGAAAGUAAAAUGAAUACAGAAGAUGAGGAAGCAGAACGAACCUUGCAAUUUGUAAAUUAGUUCUUUCUCUAGAGAAUUUCUCGUUAAAACGUUUCUUUUUCACUUAUCUACUUUAUCUCGCUCAAUUUAUCUGAAUUGUCGGCGCGAUGUACGACGUUCACCACGUACGAGACAUUCGCCACGUACGAGGAGUCUCCUCUAAAGCGUGGGGAGACGAAAUUGUAAUAUAAUUGCAUUAGGGGUCGGCGACACGAAUAUUAUUUCGAGAGGAACUGUUCACAAGCUGCCUUGCGAGGGAAUUUUCUGUUUCGUCUGCGGAGCUCAAUGUGCAAGGACGAUCAUCGGGAUGCGUGUAACUAAAAGCGCGAACAAACAAUUUAUGACGUACAUUGUUCACCUAAAAGGCGUGUAAGGACCGGAGAGCAGUCCCCAUCCCCUACCUAUUAUUAAUAAAACGGAAUAAUGUAUAGCAUUCUUCAUUUUUGUCUCUGAUGUCACAUGUACAACAUGAAGGAACUAAAUCAAUCAGGAUAACUAUUGCAUGGAGAAAAUAAAGAGAGUGUUAAAGA